CGAGAAGUGACUUCUGACCCUACACAAAGAGGAAUGCUUGUCACAAUGUCACAAGUGCCCAUCCAAGAGGCCGUAGGCGUGAGCUGAUCGCUCCUCUCCCAGGAGUUCAGUAACAUGCUGAGUGCUGACGUCGGGCGGUUUUGCAUUGGAACAGCUACCUGUCAGCUGACAGACGAUCAAGCCAUCCCAGGACUUAGAACUAAGCUGCUCUAAGAUAACCUGGUUGCGACAUUACUUCUAUGCAUUUUUCUUUGAAAGAACGAAAAUUGCUUAUUUAUGCAAGAAGUGUCUUUCGCGAGAUCACAUACAGAAUUAGCAUUUAUGUUGAGGCUUGAAGCUUAUAGUUAUACUAUAAGCCAUACUUAUAGUUGAGAAGUGUAUGUUUGUGAUUCUUUCAGCUGACCCCUGUCAAUAUUACAUUAUCUAUAUACCUUGACGGAAAAAGUCCAUAUUAAGUUUUUGCCACGAUAGUCAAGGACACUUCUCGUGGUUCAUAAAAGGAAGAAAAUAUACAGUUCGCCGUUGUCACAGUUGACCUGUCGAUGUUCUACUAACAGUGUUCUGAGGCAUUGAAAAACACUAUGAGAAAACUUUUGAGAGGUAUAUUCGAGACGUUUUUUGCCAAGAGCAUACUAGGAGGUUUCAUUCUUUAGAACCUCCCAAAAUAUGCACCACAAGAAGACAGGAAGCUGUGCUGUGUUUGAGAAAACCUUUGGCCGUGGCGUCUCGGCUAAAACUAGCCUUAAAGAAAACCCCCCACAAUCUCACGUGGUCAGUACGCAGAAAAGGGCAGCUAUUUCGGGUAGCGUUUUAUAUCAUGAGGGAAUAAAAACGCAUUCUACGAUUCACAAUAAGGACAUAUGUACACCCUCGUCUGAAGGUUCCAAAAGCCCUGUCAGGUCCAGCCACCGAAAUUUCAGACAUCCCAACUUUGGAAGAGAUUUAUCUGUCCUGGACCACUCCUCUAGGUCAAGGUCGCAGCCUCCGGCCCGUAUCGUCUGCAAGAAACCUACACACGAACAAGAACAGUUCCUAUCAGCUCGAAAUACUCGUUUGAAAUAUAAAAAAAGGAAUGGAAACAACGCCCUUUUCUCAGAAUUGCCAGAAGAAGUUAGUUCAGAAGGACCCUGCAGUGUCCAGUGCUUACGCAAGCCACCAAAAUUCCCGAGAUCCACAAAGUUCCUGGCUUUUACUUCCACCCCGUGUGGUACACAAAGAACGACUGCUGUGGGAAAUAAAAAAACAGUAAAUAAACUGUCAACAGACGCCGCAUCCACUGAUGGCAUGGAGGUAUUCCGGGGAUCCAACAGAAACUCAAGCUAUACCAAUGUUGAGACUGGGUGUAGAACUUUAACAAAUGCUUUGCUCUGUGAAAGUUUGUCUAGUGUGCACCUUUCAGAGAGUGAUGAGAAGGAAUUCAGAGGAUCUCAAGUAAGUUCAAGUGAUACGUACCACUCUUGUUUGGAUCAUGAGGGAGAAUCGAGGGAUUUAGAUGAUAUUUUAGUCAACGAAGAGCUUUCACGUCUUAAAAUUUCGACCAGCAAGCGCGCUUCAUGGUCUAAGCCAGACACACAUUUUACAGACAGCUCCAAGAGCAUUGAACCGAUUAAUUUAGUUGAUAGAGAUUUGUGUUCCUUAAGAAUCUUAGCGCACGAGGAGAAUGCAUAUCCUCAACCUCUUCAUUGCUUCACAGAACGUAACGAAAGCGUAGAUCUAGAUUGGUGCAGACGAGGGGAAGCCACGGCCACAAACCUUCUCAAGGCAUCCCAAGGAUCUCUUCAUAACGAAAAUGAAAGUGCACCUUUUUCUUUCUCCUUUUUGAAUGAUCAGGCAGUAUGGAAGGGCACAACUGAUGUAUCGUCCUCGGGGAAUCAGUUUUGCAAACAAAUUUCGACAAGAGAAGGAGCAUUAGCCUCUAGAGUUAAUACCAGCACCAGCAUCCUUUAUUCACCAUCCUUGCAAUGUGAGACAUACAGGAAAGGCCAGAAAGCUCUUUCUGUCAGAAGUCAAGAGAAUGGCCGAGACCUGUAUAGUCCACACUUGUCAGCGAGUGAGGGUACCGUUUGCACCCGGCCAGUGGAUAGCCUCAAACGUUUCCUCAGUGUUGAGUUUGUGGGCUUGUCGGGAGCGUGCCCUCCUGUAGCACCGGAGGUGAAACCACAGCCUUAUCCUUCACAAAUAUCUCCUUUAUCAAAGGAUUCCAUACUGGUGCUUAAUCCAGCCAUUCUAAACAAGUUCUCUCACCCAUCUGCCCUCAACUCGACGUGCGAUGAUAACAACAACCCCAGUCUUAUGCGAGAUCAAACUACGGAACCGACAACGCGGACAGCAACAGCCAUGGUCAAAGUGCACAUCACACCGAUUCGAAGCUAUAGGCCUGGAAAGGGACACAAGCGAAUUCGUAAAAAACGUGAAGUCUGAGGCGAAAUGACUCUGAAUUGUAGUUCUUUUAGCUUUUGUUCGUCUCUUAUUGUUUAGAAGAAAGCUUAUUUGAUUUACCCCAAGCUGCGAGCCCAGAAACCGCUUUUCACAAACGUCGACACUUUCCUUACUACCCUAUAGCUCCUCUAUACCCCCCCCCCUCUCUCCAUGUACGUGCACCCAGACACAGAUAAGUAGAAUACAGUAAUCAAGUACAACGAAAGUCAAGAGCAAUUGGAAACACACUGGAACAUAAGCAUGUCCAUAUGGUAUAUUGCGACUAUAUUUCUUCAAGAGACAUUAUAUUCUAUUGAUAAGAUCAAAGCUGUUAGAAAAUUGACCGUCGAAAAAAAAAAAGUUUUCUAUCCGGCCAUUUUGUGCACGAUCUUAAUAUCACAUUUGUGAUACAAACGUAGCUAGAGCAAAAGCAGAGUGGUAAUAUAAGUCUUAAAGUUAGAAAUGUCGAAGGUCCAGACAGAACAAGAACUUACUUACUUGGUUGGAGAAUAGGCUUCACCGCAGGCAGCACAAUGCCAUAGCUGGUCUUCCUUCCUCUACAGGAUCCCUGAAAGGGUCUGCUUGCUGAUAGUACCAGUUAUCAUCUGGUUGAAUAUUCUUCUGGCUUUCCCACGCAGGUUGUUGUCUCUCCUCGACCCUCUAGAGACACCAGCUUCCGUUAACCUUUCUAUUGUGUGUGAUAUGGUGCCUUCAUCUUCUCUGUGGUCGUUGAACCACGCUGUCAAGGCUACCAUGACUGUCGGUGGGUCUAAUUGCAUGGCGCCGUCAAUCUCAGCCUGGCCGGCUAGCUCAUCAGCACGUUCAUUGCCUUGAACUCCUGCAUGACCAGGACUAAAGAUCCAUAAAAUCCUUGUGAGUAUGCUGCUUUGCAUUGCCUCUCACCGGUCUGCAUACAUCAUGUGUUUCUUCACUUUUUCGACAGAUUUGACUCCACACUGUACUGAUCCACCUGUGAAGAUGACGACGUCGCCCUAUUCACUGUUCUCUUCUAUCAGCGUCACUACCUCGGCAUUGGCUUCCCCCUCUGGACACUCACGACAUUCUCUGCCUAAGGUUGCUACAACUCGAGUAUACUACCUAAGCGUGUCAGUGACGCUCAUCCGUGCGCUGCCCUUUCGGAUGUCUUGCACUUCACUGCAUUUAGCCAAAGUCGUCGCUGCCUCAUUCAUCCAUUUAGUCCCUCUAAGCAGACAUGUGCAUACAUUUCUUCCCACUUUGUCAUUCAGUGGGUGUUGAUCAUCGGUGCUGACUCUUAAAUACGCUUUCACCUGAGCAAUCUACCAUGGUUGGGAGGACCAGGAAAUAACGCAUAGCCUCGCAGGAUGUGUCUCGUAUGCACCCGAGAACAGUCCACAUACCUUCCUUUUGAAUUCUUUCAGCUGCGUGUUGACAAGAUGAGGAGACCGAGGCCAUAGUCUAUCACAGACAGCACAAGAGUCUGGUAUAGUGUGGAUAAAAUUCUCUAUGGCAUUCUGCUACACACCAUGGUUUUUAGUGCAGUCAGACCAUUUCUGGUUCUUGUGAUGAUCCUGGUUAUGGGAUCUUUUCCUGAGCGUGAUCUAUUAAAGGUGCUACCUAGAUACAAUGUACCUCAGUGAGUGAUCACGCUUCAGGACCCUGUCGUUGAUGGUGGCAGUGGGCAUAUCUGCUUCCACUGCGUGAUUAUUCCAUCGCCCUGGGCCUUCCAGUUGUCCAGAAGUGAUUCCAACUGUGUAUAUGUUGAAAAACACUGGUGAGAGUGAUGAUCCCUGCGGCAAUCCUGGUGCUGUGCUCCUGGUGUCAGAUGUUCAGUUUCCCAGCUGCACUGCAGCUCUCUUCUGCAGCGAAGCCUCACAUACCCAUAUCACGAGCUGGGGGGGGGGGGGGCUAAUCUUCAGAAUGAUCAUUGUUCUCAAACGGGCAUCGCACUCAAUCCUGUUGUGGGCAUCCUCGAGGUCAAGCUCUGCUAUCAGAGUCUUCUCACCUUUUACAAACCCGUCAUAAACAUAUGAUGCUAGAACAACGGUAUUCAUCCACGUUUCCUCCCCCUUCUGUAGUUACCAAGAGUCGAUAUACGCGUCUCUUCCUUUUCUAGCUUCUUUGCGAUCAAGUACCCCACCUCCUUUUCUGAGAGCUUGCUCACGCAAUUUUUGCAUUGUGAAUACUCGAUAAGCAACUGUUUUUCUCGGGUCCUUCUCGGGCAUGGGGAAUGAUACUUACUGGCUCUCCAAUCAGUCAUCCGGUAUCUCUCAGUUCCAUAGAUUCUUGUUGAGGAUUUCUGUAAGGUCACUGAUGCUGUCGUCGUCAAGGUUUUUCAUGUGAGAGAACCGUACACCAUUUGGACCUGAGGUGGUAUUGGGAGAACGCUUGAUUGUUCUCUCAACGUCACCAUGACUGAGGGUGUAGUUGAAGAGUUAAUAAGCGUACCGCAGGCAUAUUGCACAGAGGAGCCUUUUUCGUUCCUCUUCGUUGCCCUGGUCUGUCUGCUGAAUAAAGCGGGCAAACAGCGUUCCACCUUUCUCCUUGUCUGACCACACUCACGCGUCGUCCUCCCUUUGAAAGUGUGGUUGACCUUUGGCCGGCUUUUUUUCAUCUUUGAUCUGUACAGCUGCCGGAAUCUGUAUAGUGCCCUGUCUUCUGUCACCUCUUCACAAAAAAAAAUAAUCAGAAAUUGACUUCUUUAGCCUCUUUCGCUUCGACCUUGAAUAUCCCUGAAGUUUCCUUCUCUGCUCUUUUCAGGUCUGGGUUCUCUUGGUUGCCUUAGUACGCUUGUACCCCUUCUUUUUUGCUCUCCACAAUUUGUCCAGCUCAUCAUUCCAUCAUGGCGGCUGGGUGAUCUCCACUUGCUUUAUCCUCCUGUCUGGCAUUGCCUUCGUCCUGAGACUGCUAAUAAAGUCUUUGCCCGUGACCUCAUACGCGAAUACCUUUGUAUUCUUGGCACUUUUGGCGGGUUUCCUACGCCUGACAAGCACUGUGCACGGCAAAUGGUAGCUUCCGUGAUAUCCAAGGACCCGCCAUGUUACAAUCAGUGGCAGUUUGUAGAGAGACCAUGGCCAGGUCAAUAUCUCCAUCAGUGUCACCAGCUCGUUGUGCCGAUCUUGUAAUGAUUCCAUCGUUGAGGCAUCUUAGGUUGUAGAAGUUUCGGGCGUCCUUGAGAGCAACUGCUUGUGGGUUUGUGGUUGAAUUGCCCCCUGCCACUCCUUCGUGCUUGAAAUUGCAGACAGUACAAGAAGACGAUUGGGAAUGAAUCUUUUGAAACCGGCGUUGGUUAUUGUUUACGAGUCCUAUUGUUUGUUUGACUAAAUCUACCUCUUUCUCCCCUUGACUUUUUAAUUAAUGUCAUUCCAACAGGCUUCCGUGUACCUCCAUGGCAUUGUAGAUUUCGAAAGCGCUUUAACUUACCAACCACCACCCCUCCCCAAAAUAAAAAAACAACAAAAAAACAAAACAACAACAACAAAACAACCCAACAAACCAACAACAACAAAAAACAACCCAAAAUGAAAACAAAAACAAAGGAAUGUUAAACAUAAUUUUAACUGCGUAAAUAUACUGUCUAUAUUGGUAAGGGACAAUAGUAUAUUCCGUCAUGGCGUAGUUCAUGUGUGAUGCAUUAUACGCCACUGGGUGACAAUAUGAUUGUGUUCUCACGGUACAAUUGAUCGGGUGGGACAACAGUCUGGAGCUUUUUUCUCUUUUAAGGACGAAAAAAGCUCAGUUUGAAAUAAAGCAUGUCAAAUGAUA